AUGUGUGAAUAUACCGAGGGCACCCGCGUGUACCGCGCCUGCGCCAUGCGUCCAAGACACAUCGUCACCGUCCGAUUCUACGAGACCUGCUGGCAUCAAAGUGCCUACGGAAUCCAGCGAAUCUGUGCUAUCUGUACCUAUAGUGGACAUAAUGGUGGAAUCUCGCCUGUCCUUGAUCCUUGCCCGACUUGCCAAGACGAGAGCGAAACUACUAUCGAGCGCUAUGCUGUCAUCCCAUACGACCAGAGCCGUGCUAAGACUAUUGCGUGA